AUGGAAAAAAGAAAAAGAACUCACUGGACCGCAAAAUAUCUAAAGCGAAUAAACUCAACAGAGGUCACUCUGAAGCGGUCUCAAUCAAAACGGUCCAAAACACUUCCCUCAACAGUUAAAGAGAUAGAAAUACAGCCAGUCUUUAAGAAGGAAAAAGAACAAAACACUGUACGUACACCUGACAGAGUCAUUCACACGCCAAAACGAAAAAUAGUAUACAUUUCCCCUCAUAGAAAUAUAAUAAUACCCCCAACCCCACACGGUGCCUCAGAAGAGUACAUUUCAGAGACUCGGUCUAGAAAAAGACUCUUUUCGUAA